CUUCCUUUCGCCAUGCUUCACUAGUACGCGCGACGAAGGGCCCAAACGGAGGACCGCCCAACUGAGCAGCAGCUCAACUUGAGAGAGAUGGCGAGCCCAAUGGUCCAGCUCCGCACCACCGGUCGCCUCAGCUUCUGCUCCUCCCCCAACGCACCUCCGAGGACUGCAGCGCGGCGACUCGCGGCGGCGAGGGCGUCGGCGGAGGCGAUGGCGACGGAGAAGCUGGGCGUCAGGGUGGAGCGCAACCCCCCGGAGUCGCGCCUCUCCGAGCUCGGCGUCCGCCAGUGGCCCAAGUGGGGGUGCGAGAAGAGCAGGUUCCCGUGGACGUACUCGGCCAAGGAGACGUGCUACCUGCUGCAGGGGAAGGUGAAGGUGUACCCGGAGGGCCACGGGGAGGAGUUCGUGGAGAUCGCGGCGGGGGACCUAGUCGUCUUCCCCAAGGGUAUGAGCUGCACCUGGGACGUCGCCGAGGCCGUCGACAAGCACUAUAAGUUCGAGUAGCCAGCCCUCCACCUCCAGCCGGCAGUGAUGUAUGGUACGCAGUAGUAAUUGAUAAUCGCCUAUUCGGAAUGCUUGUCCUUGUAGACGUGCUGUGCUCUGAUGUGAUGCUCCAGACCGGCAUAAUAAAGCUCCAGAUUAGUGGAAUUA